AUGAAGCUCUCUUCCGCUUCCGUCGCCGCUCUCGUCGGCCUGCUAGGACUCAUCGACGCCACUCUGGAGUCGCCGGUGCCGCGCGAGGACCUCGCCGUCGAUCUCAAGUCCGCCGAGAUCAGCGAGAGCAGGACCGAAGGACCGGUCAGUGGCAGCAUCAAUGGCACCGCGAUCGCCUUCAACGGCACCAAGGGCGACACGACCGCCUCCCUCAAGGGCUACAAGUACCGCAUGCACGUUACCGGCGGCGAUCGCACGCUCGACAAGGAAGAGCUCAAGGGCGCCAUACGUGUCGAGAAGGGCGAGGACGAGUACUGGGCCAAGAUGCGCCAGUCCAAUGUGUCGGCCGUCGAUGGUGAGGACCACUUCAAUCGCGAGUCCAAGGUAGCCAAGGCCGGUGCCAACAUCGACGACGAUGAAUACAGGCUGGGCGUGGCCAUGGUCACGUCGGACAAGCUCGAGGACGGCAAGAGCGAGAAAGUCGACUCCAACGGGCUCUACUUGUCCGAGGUUUCCGACGAGCAAACCAUGAAGGCCGAGGUCAUCGCGGGCGAUUACGCGUCCGCCGACGACAGCCACACACUCGAAGCCUCCGCCUUCGGGUACAACAUCACCCGCACCAAGGACAACGAGUAUCUGCACCGUGAAAAGAAGGUCAUCAAGAUCAAGGCCAAGUACUACGACAUUGAGGACGAGCUCGACGAGGCCGACCAGAAGCUCACCAAGCUCGAGGCCGCCGCCGCCGCCUCCAACGGCACCGUCGCCACGUACCAGAAGCGCGCCGCCAACAGCACCGCCGUGGCCGAGACCGAGCAGGAGCCCGAACAGCCCCUCGUGCUCACCCUCGUCAUGGAAAUCCACACCAAGACCGAGAAGGACAUCUCCUCCCUGCGCGAGAUGGAGGGUAACGACGGCGCCCACGAUGACUGCGAAGAGCUCGAUGGCCGCCUCCAGCGCCAGAAGGAGCGCAUCCAGCGCCUGAGGGCUAAGGGCCCCAAGGGCCACAGGGCCGGGAUCGAGUCGAAGAUGGCGUCCGAGAAGGCUGCCGUGGACGAGAAGGUGGCUGCUGCUGCGAAUGCGGCUCCGGAGGUCUAA